CGCUACUAGUAUCGGGGUAGCUCUUGAGGUGGGUGAGCUGCUGCUGCUAGUGCUGCUGACAGUGAGCUUUCUUUUGACAUCUCUUCAUUCUCUGUUCUCCGGAUGCCCAUAUCUCAUUCCUGCGAUUCUGCGUUGCCUCGAUUAUCCUUGCGGGAACGGCCAAGUAUCAGAGCCAUCGAGCUGUGAGAAAGCGAUCCGAAAUUCAACACGCAAUUAGAAAUCCGGAAUCCGCGCAGAACGCAGAAACAGCAGGGUUGACAAGGCUCAACUACCUUACAAGUACACCCCCCAAGACGCCAUCGUGAGGGAAGAGUCGUCAGUUUUAGAAUAAGAAGUCGUGCCACUUUCAAUUCCCUUUUCUUUUCCAUUCUCCUUCUCACUCAUCCACUGCUACCAUUUUCCAAAACUUCACCAUGUCUUACUAUCCUCGUACGUCCCGUUUCCCCUUCAUCUGAUACUGGAUACUGGAUACUGGAGAUUGGAUACUGGGCGCAUCCGCAGCUAACCACCAACAGCUCCCCCAGGCGCUGGUAACGGCGGUCCAGGUAUAAUGAUCCCCCGCAAUAGCUCAUUCACACCAACUUACCCAUUGUGACAGCCCAACCAGGCCAGCAACACUAUACUCCCCCUCCGUCCUCUCCCCCACCAAACCAAACGACCCAUCAAUACUACCCUCCUCCUCCUCAGCAAGGUUCUCCAGCUCAGUCUGGCCAAUAUGCGCCCCCUCCACAGCCAACAUCUCCACAGCAGCAGCAACAAUACUCCUCACCAUCCCAAAACUUCUCCCAGCAUCGCACCUCAUACCAACAACCCCCACAACAACAGCAACAGCCUCCAGCGCAAGCGCUAACGUACGAGCAACCACAAUCUUCUGGUCAUGCCUCACAUGCCUCACAUGGCAGCGCGAGUUAUCCCGUCGAGAAACCCCCGCUAGAUACGAGCAAAUCAGCAAAUCUUGACCAUGGAGCACCAGCAGCGGCGCAUUUCAUAGGAGCCAGCACAACAGCCGAUGACGUAGGGACGUUCAAUGGAGGAAGUUAUCGCAUCAGCCACAGGGACUCAAACACCAUUGUGACGAUACAAUUGGCAAUGGGAUGUCCCCUGACUGUGAAACCUGGUAUGUUGAAUCCGAAAGGAUAGCCCCUGCAGAGUUUCGCUGACUCGUCCCAGGUGCCAUGAUUGCCAUGACACCAUCUAUUGUCCUGAAAGGAGCAGUCAAGUUUUCCAUGAAGAAGCUUCUCGUUGGAGGUGACCUUGCGCAUUCGACGUACACUGGCCCUGGGGAAUUACUCCUCGCCCCGACCUCUAUUGGAGAUAUAACAAGUAUUAGACUGACCGGUAGCGAGCAAUGGUCAGUUGGUCGCGAUGCCUAUCUUGCAGCUACCCAAGGCGUGACAAAAGAGUACAAACGGCAAGGUAUUGGAAAAGCCAUGUUCUCUGGCGAGGGGCUCUUUGUCUACAAAAUCAGUGGAACGGGGUUGUUAUGGAUUUCAAGUUUUGGCGCCAUAAUUCGCAAAGAUGUAGGCUUCCACCGGACUUCUGAGAUCCCGAAAGUACGUGCUAAUCAAAAAUUAGCUUGCCGAAGGUGAGAAAUAUAUUGUGGAUAAUGGACACCUGGUAGCGUGGAACACUAAAUACAUUCUUGAGCGCGUUGCGUCUGGUGGUAUUAUUUCCGGUCUUUCAUCUGGUGAAGGUUUGGUAUGCAAGUUUACCGGGCCUGGAACCGUCUUCCUUCAAACAAGAAAUCCUGUAGGUAUAUUCUUCUUAUCAUAUGAUCGAUUACUGACCUGUUCAGGCUGCUUUCGCCAUGUGGAUUUCUGCAAACGCCACACAAGGAUAGACUGAUUUGAUG